AAAAAAGAGAGAGAGAGAGAGAGAGAGUAACCGCGCGAGAGAGAGUAACCGCUUUCUUAAUCCCGUUGAGCACCUCUUCGCCGCCACGAACUGCCGUUUACGGUCACCGGAGGUUUAUUUCUCUAUUUCUUACGCGGCGUGUUUUCUGGGACGUUAGAUCCGCUUGUCUCGCCUCACUAUAUAUAGGUCCGAAAACCUUUUAGUGUGAGACACACACACACACAAAGAUGGAGAGAGAGAGAGAAACGGUUAAGAAAUUUGUUUACCACGUAUCCACACUGCUUCGUGUCUGAAAAUCAAUGGAGAUUUAUCGUCGUCUACACAUAUUUCUCUGUUCUUCGCGUAGAAUGUAUAAACUUCAAGCAAAUAUUUUGAGUUCUUCUGAUUUCGUCGCCUGAUUGUGUGUGUGAGAGAGAGAGAGAGAGAGAGAGAGAGAGAGAGUUAACCGUUACGUAUAGAAGUAAUCAUCGGUCCUAAGAAUCAAAUAUCGUUUUCCAAUUCGUUUUGAUCACGAUUCUGUCCCAAUCAUUUGAAGAGUGUUAGAUUUUUGUAAUCAAAUAUCUCGAUUUUGCUCACAGAGAGAGAGAGAGAGAGAGAGAAUUGCAUCGCUUUGUUCCGUUUUAGUGUUUAGGGUUUAAAGGCAAAUGGAACAGAAGCACAUGUUGAUGUCCGCUUUGGGCGUGGGGAUAGGAGUGGGAGUAGGGAUUGGUCUGGCUUCGGGGCAAACCGUGAGCAAAUGGACUGGUUCCACUCCUUCUACAAACGCUGUUACGCCGGAGAGGAUGGAACACGAGAUGGUUGGACUUGUUGUUGAUGGCAAAGAUACCAAGGUCACAUUCGACGAAUUCCCCUAUUAUCUCAGUGAGCAGACAAAGAUCUUACUGACGAGUGGGGCUUUUGUACAUUUGAAGAAAGCUGCCUUUUCCAAGCACACACGGAACCUUUCUCCUGCAAGUCGUGCUAUUUUGCUUUCAGGACCUGCUGAACUUUACCAACAAAUGCUUGCAAAGGCUUUAGCGCAUUAUUUUGAAGCCAAGUUGCUGUUGUUGGAUGUAACGGACUUUCUAUUAAAGGUCCAGAGCAAAUAUGGGGGUUCGAACAAAGAAUCUCCAUUCAAAAGGUCCAUUUCAGAAUCAACUUUGGAGCGGAUGUCGGGUUUGUUUGGAUCUUUUUCAAUGCUUCAGCCAAAGGACGAAAAAAGAGAUUCUUUUGCAGGCCAUAUACGUAGGCAAAGCAGUGGAGUAGAUGUUGGAUCAAGCUGCAGGGGAACAGAAUGUUCUUCCAAUCCCCCAAAGCUUCGCAGAAAUGCAUCUGACUCAGCUAAUAUGAAUUUCCUUGCUUCACAAUGCACUUCUUCAAAUCCAGCUCCUCUCAAGCGCACAAGCAGCUGGUCUUUUGAUGAGAAGCUUCUUGUACAGACACUUUACAAGGUCCUACUAUCAAUAUCAAAAACCAGUCCCAUUGUUUUGUAUCUUAGGGAUGUCGAGAAGCUCCUUUUUAGGUCGCAAAGGAUAUAUACCUUGUUCCAAAAAAUGUUGAAAAGACUGUCAGGACCAGUUCUGAUCCUUGGCUCACGGAUCGUGGAUUCGGGUUCUAACUACGGAGAAGUGGAUGAGAGGCUUACUGCUCUAUUCCCUUACAAUAUUGAAAUCAAGGCACCUGAAGAUGAAACCCAUCUUGUCAACUGGAAGUCUCAACUGGCAGAGGAUAUGAAGAUGAUGCAAUGUCAGGACAAUAGAAAUCAUAUCAACGAAGUACUUGCGGCUAAUGACCUUGAAUGUGAUGAUCUGGGUUCAAUCUGUGUGGCGGACACCAUGGUUCUCGGAAACUAUAUAGAGGAAAUUGUGGUAUCCGCAAUCUCUUAUCAUUUGAUGAAUAUAAAGGACCCUGAAUACAGAAGCGGAAAGCUAGUUAUUUCAUCUGUAAGUUUGUCCCAUGGUUUGAGCAUAUUCCAGGAAGGCAAAUCGGCUGGCAAGGACACUUUGAAACUGGAAGCAAAGGAUGUCCAAAAGGACGAGGCAAUAGCUGUGAAGCCAGAGACAAAAUCCGGAAGCACAGUCCCUGAGAAUAAAAGCGAUGCAGAAGCAUCAGCUUCAGCAGUGAAGGAUGGUAACAAUCCAGCCCCAGCAUCAAAAGCUCCGGAAGUUCCUCCUGACAAUGAAUUUGAGAAGCGCAUAAGGCCAGAAGUUAUACCAGCUAGUGAAAUCGGCAUGACAUUCAGUGAUAUUGGUGCCUUGGACGAAACCAAAGAAUCUCUCCAAGAACUAGUGAUGCUACCUCUCCGAAGACCAGACCUAUUCAAAGGAGGGCUUUUGAAGCCAUGCAGAGGUAUAUUGCUAUUCGGUCCUCCUGGCACGGGGAAGACUAUGUUGGCCAAGGCCAUCGCCAGUGAGGCGGGAGCAAGCUUCAUUAACGUGUCUAUGUCUACUAUCACUUCGAAAUGGUUUGGUGAAGAUGAGAAGAAUGUACGAGCGCUGUUUACUGUAGCGGCUAAGGUUUCCCCCACUAUUAUUUUCAUUGAUGAGGUCGAUAGCAUGUUAGGGCAACGUUCAAGAGCAGGAGAGCAUGAAGCCAUGCGGAAGAUAAAGAACGAGUUCAUGUCUCAUUGGGAUGGACUCUUGACAAAGCAAGGCGAAAAGAUUCUUGUUCUUGCUGCCACGAAUAGGCCGUUUGAUCUCGAUGAAGCGAUUAUCAGACGUUUCGAGAGAAGAAUCAUGGUUGGUCUACCAUCUGUUGAGAAUAGAGAGAAGAUUUUGAGAACUCUUCUGGCAAAAGAAAAAGUUGACCAAGGACUAGACGUUAAGGAGCUAGCAACUAUGACAGAAGGGUAUAGCGGAAGCGAUCUGAAGAACUUGUGCACGACAGCUGCUUACAGGCCAGUCAGGGAACUAAUUCGACAGGAGAGGCUAAAGGAUCUUGAGAAAAAGCGGAGAGCUCAGGAAGGGAAGAAUUUAAAAGAUGCUCUAGACACAGAGGUGGAGAAAGAAGAAAGAGUAAUCACUAUCAGGCCUUUGAACAUGCAAGACUUUAGGGAAGCAAGAAAUCAGGUUGCUGCAGGCUUUGCAACCGAGGGAUCUAUAAUGAAUGAGCUCAAGCAAUGGAAUGAUUUGUAUGGAGACGGAGGUUCAAGGAAGAAAGAGCAGUUAACUUACUUUCUGUGAUAGUAACAUAGUCUCACAUCACUAAGAGAGAGUUGCUUGAUCUGUCUGCAGUGUUCUGAAGUUUCCAUUUGACAAAAUUGAUGGAAAGGCCAGUCAUGAUCAUUAUCGUGAAACUAACUACAUCCAAAGAUGAGAACCUUGUCGAAAGAGCAGCUUAGCGUCUUCAUAGUAAAACCGGUAAAGAACUAUACCCCAUCACUCUGUGGGUUUAGGUUCCGUCACUUGUUUUUGUUCUGGAGUGCUUGUGUCGCUGCGUCUUUGCACUUUGUAACAUAUGGUAUUUUGACUUUCUUGGGGUUGUUUGACUACA